GCCAUGCAAGGCCACCUCGAGAAGGUCCACGCCAAGUCGCACGCCUUCACGCCUUCGUCCGCGAAGCGUUACUUCUUCCUCACGCCCCAGCCCAGUGCGACGCUGCUCUACUUCAGGUCGGAGGCCGACUGCCGAGUUGGCAAGGUGCGCGGCUUUGUCAACAUUGGCGCCGACUGCCGCGUGGAGACGGACGUGAGCGGGUCCCGCUCCUUUGUCGUGCACACACCGGAGCGGCAGCUGCGCCUCAUCGCAGAGUCGCCCUCCGAGGCCCAGCGCUGGGUGACGGCCAUCAGCGCCGUCGCUCGUGGCAGCGGCCCACCCGCUCCGCCGCUUCAACGGCAGCGGCCCGGGCGGCGCGGUACUUGGCGGCAAAUGGAGGAGGCAGCCGCAGAGGAGGUGGUGAGGCGAGCGGCCACCGCUCGCACUGCGGAGCUGCCGCCGCCGCCGCCGUCGCCGCGGCCAAGGCACCCGGUGAGGGCGGCGCUGCGUCUGUUGGAGCGCAUCCGCCGUGCGGGAUUCAGGUCGCUCGCGGGUCUCAUCGCCGCGCUGAGGGCGGCGCUCUGCGUCCACGCGCCCCGCGCCGAGCCCCUUGCCGGCACGCACUCCGCUCUCCGCCCCGCUGCCGAGGAUGCGAGCAGCGUGCCGGCACAGCCUAGGGCGCCGACUUGCGUGGUCUGUCUCGACGCAGCGCCGACGCACGCGCUGGCGUCCCUUGCGGCCACCGUUGCUUGUGCGCGGGGUGCGCCCGGCAGCUCGAUGCGUGCCCGCUCUGCCGCAAGCCGUGCACGAGCGCGAUUCGUAUCUUUGAGUAGCGACGUGUCCGCCAACACGUCGGGUACACUGGUGUUGAUUGAGUGUUUCGGGGCGUGGUCUGGCGACUCUGGGCUCUUGGGACUCCGAUCGUCGCGUAGAGAUCAACACGAGUUCCAGUCUAGUCGACUGUCUAGCUAGAAGAGGAGUUUCUCGGCGGUACAAGGAAACCCUUCACAG